AUGGACGGACCAGUUGUGGUCAGAAUGGACAGUCCAGCGAAAGACAUUCCACCACGUGUGUCGGAGAAACGCUUCAAGGUGCGGUUCGCACCCGACCCUACUACCCUUCAGGAAGAUCACGCGUUUUUACCUAGACUCGUCGAAAAGUCUGGAGCCUGUAAUGUGGAAUCUCGGACCGUUACAGGCAAGAAACUAAAAUUUCUAAACGACAUUUUCACCACUCUUUUGGACACGCCAUGGCGAUUUUUAUUGCCAAUAUUUUCGUUAAUGAUCUUGCUGAGUUGGCUGUUUUUUGCAUCAGUAUUUUAUGCCAUAUCUUCUGUACAUGGAGAUUUUGAGCGGAUCAAGGAGACUGAAGGAUGGAGAGCUUGUGUAGAAAAUACCCCAGACUUUAUCAACAUGUUGCUGUUUUCUAUGGAGACUCAGACUACCAUCGGUUACGGUACGAGGUAUGUAAACGAUGAGUGUCCGGUCGCCGUGUUCUCGGUACUUGUACAGUCGAUAAUUGGGGCUUUACUGCAGGCAUUACUCACCGGCAUGGUCAUAGCCAAGGUCCAGAAACCAAAGAAACGAGCAAAUACCAUUUUGUUUAGUCGAAAUGUUUGUAUAUCAGAAGAAGACCAGGAUAUGUUUUUGUCUAUACGAGUUGGUGACCUACAACGUUCAGAUAUGAUCGAUACACAUGCACGUGCAAUUUGUGUUCGUGACAGAUUGACAAAUGACGAUGAAUUUGUAUCUCACUUCCGGUAUGACCUCGAUUUCUCUGCGCAGAAGACCAACCCUAGAAUUUCUUUGCGCUGGCCUGUUACUCUGCGACACAGAAUUACUCCAUCAAGUCCAUUCUGGAACACUGACGAGGACGACUUGAGGAGGACCAAUUUUGAAGUAAUCUUGUUCUUACAAGGGACGAUCGAGUCCACGGGAAUGAUGGUCCAGACGCGCACGUCAUAUCUUCCGAGUGACUUCCUAUGGGACCGGAAGUUCAAACCAAUGAUGGCUGAAUGGAAGGCAUCUGGAUCUCUUGAUUUUGACUAUUCUCAGUUCCAUGAUACUAUUCCAGCUAUAAGCCCUUCCCCAGGCCGGAACCGGAAGGUAAACCUUUUGGUCCGCUCUCUGUCGCCCACAGACUCGUGUUACGGAACAGAGUCGGGGAAUGGAGAGGGCUGUAAUACAGAUACGACCGACUCCGGAAGUGAACAAUCCACAACAUACAGAGAAGGCAUUCACGUACGGAAAAUAUCCGAUAUGAGUCAGGACAUCAGUAGUCUGUCCGACUGA